GACGAAUCAGCCUAGUUUUGGUUGUUCGAUUGGGCAGUUUCCCGCAAUUUCUCUUUAUUCAUUGUUAGGGCAGUGAGUACAAGAGGGGUUGGAAAUGGAAUAAUGGACAGUGAAGCAAUUGCUUACUCAACGAGUUUUGAUUAAGAAUGAAGCUGUUUGUGCCAUGUAUUUGUUAGCUUGGAGGUAAAUAAGUUCUUGUUUUUUCUAUGUUUCAGUCUCGUUCUUCUUCUAAGUGUCCAUUCAAAUUCAGCGAUUGUCAUAUACUGCGUUUGCGUUUUCUAAUCGCUAACGCCAUGUCACCUUUAUUAGCAACAAAAACAUAUUUUAUUUUGGCUGCAAAUCAGUGAUCACCUUUUUGAUUUGUGGGUAAAGCGAAUCGUCAUUUUCCAUUUAUAAGGAAACUAAAUCGUCCCUCUUCUUUAAGUUUUUUAUACAUCAACAGAGCGGAAAUAGGUACGUUAAUAUAUGUCUUGAACUCUGAAGAUAAAACAUAACUUCCCAAAACAUGAGAGAGCUUUUGGAGCUUAAAGGAGAUAGAGACGAUGCUGAAGAAAAGUGGGUCGAACACUAUUCAUCCAAGCAUCAGAUACUUCUCCUUGGCGAAGGAGAUUUCUCAUUCUCUUGUAGCUUAGCCACUCGCUUCGGCUCUGCUUCCAAUAUCUACGCUUCCUCUCUCGAUUCAUAUGCAGACACUGUGGUUAGAAAGUACAAGAAGGCAAGAUCAAACCUUGAAACUUUGAAGAGACUUGGAGCUUUCCUUUUACAUGGAGUUGAUGCAACCAAACUGCAACUCCAUCCUGAUCUUCAUUUCCGAAGAUUUGAUUGUGUCAUCUUCAACUUCCCGCACACCGGUUUCCACAGAAGAGAGUCUGAUCCCUGUCAAAUACGGAAGCAUAGAGAACUGGUGUUUGGAUUUUUCCAUGGUGCAAGCCGUUUGCUAAGAGCUAAUGGAGAAGUUCAUGUCUCGCACAAGAACAAAGCACCUUUCUGUAACUGGAAUCUUGAGGAACUCGCUAGCAGAUGCUUUCUUGUGUUGAUUCAGUGUGUGGCGUUCCAUAAGAGCAACUACCCUGGUUAUGAGAAUAAGAGAGGCGAUGGGUCCAGAUGUGACCAACCUUUCCCUUUGGGAGAGUGCAGUACUUUCAAAUUCAGAUUCUCUCGUGUCGCUAAGGAGCUUUAUGCAGAGAAGGUGAAAUGGAGAGAAGUGAAAGAACGAGAACCAAAGUGUCACCAAGCUUUUCCAACAACUCGGGCGAUGGAUAACAAACAUGUCCGUGUUGAAGACAGCUCGAUACAUCUUGAACUGCCCAGAUACAGUAAAAGAAUGAAACCUCAUCGUAAAGAACAACUUCUUGAAUACAACCGCUUCAAUAGAGUAUCGUUAGAAAUGCAUAAUGGAAAAUUAGAAAGGAUGGUAACACGGAGGACCGUUCCUCAUCAGUGUCAAGAAUUUGGAGUACAAGCUAGUCAAGAACCGUUCCCCGAACGCUCUCUCCGUUUCAGAGGAGUAUGUCAUGGAAUUCACAAGGGGAGAGUACGAAAAAUGUUGAUACGAAACAGCACUCAGGGAGAAUCACGAAAACGGAAGCAUGAGUAGGCAGAGCAAGCUCAAAAUAUGGUAUGCACGCAGGACGCACCAACAAAGCUGCAUUCUAUAUGAUGCAAUGAUCUCUAUAUGGGAGAUGAUAUUUAAUUUGUUAUAAUUUUGUGUACUUAUCUGGUUUUUUACAUUUUUGGAGAAUAUGUAGUUGAAAGUGAUUGCGAGUCCUGCGCGACUAGUGCAUUGUCUUUAAGGAGAGAAUCCCAUAAACACUCUCAUGUUUUGACUCUCUUGUGAUAUAUCCCAUCUAUCAAAAGACUC